UUUAUACGUGUCCGUGACUUAAUGGUGCAGAACUCACCUGUCCCUUUAGUAAUUGAUUCCGCGCUGAUAGCCACUAAUUAUCAACAAGUAUAUUUUUGUAUCUAUUGAAUCAUAACAAGAUCUGUUCCAAGAGGUUAGACUGAAAGAAGAAUUUGAACAAGGAAGAAAGAAAAUGGAAAACAACCCAGAAAAAGAAGAGUUUUUACUGAAUCACUCACAAAAUUCAACAAAGGGAGGUUUAAAAACCAUUCCUUUCAUCAUAGUGAAUGAAUCAUGUGAGAAAGUGGCAAGUUUUGGGUUGCAACCAAAUAUGAUAAUCUACAUAACAAAAUUUUACAAUAUGGAUGCUGCUCGUGCUUCAGUUUUGAUUAGUUUAUGGUCAGCAAUUUCAAAUGUAUUGUCUAUUUUGGGAGCUUUUAUUUCUGAUUCUUACAUUGGAAGGUUUAGGGCUGUGGCUAUUGGAACCAUCUCUAGUCUAAUUGGAAUGCUUGUUCUUUGGCUCACAACAAUAUUUCCACAACUCAGGCCGUUACCCUGCGGUCAGUAUCAACAUGAUUGUAAUGGAACAACAGCAGCUCAACUUGCUGCAAUUUUGUUUUCUUUUGGGCUUAUUUCCAUUGGUGCUGGUUUUGUUAGACCUUGUUCCUUAGCAUUGGGUGCCGACCAAUUGGAGAACAAAGAAAAUCUAGAUAACGAGAGGCUUAUCGAUAGCUAUUUCAACUGGUUCUAUGCCAGUGAAGGAGUUUCAGUUCUUCUUGCAGUUACUGUAAUUGUUUAUAUCCAAGAUCAUUUUGGUUGGCAAGUUGGGUUUGGUGUCCCUGCUUUGCUCAUGGUUUUAUCUCUUUCUGUUUUCUUGAUCGGAUCUCCUCAUUAUAUCAAAGUAAUACCUCAAGGGAGUUUGUUUACUGGAUUGUUUCAAGUACCAGUCGCAGCCUUCAGAAAAAGACACAUCAAUGUUCAGUUGAAUUAUAGUGAUGACUGCUACUAUAAAGCACCUCAAUCAAAGCUCCUUGAACCAUCCACUGACUUCAGGUGUUUGAAUAGAGCUUGCAUAAUUGAAGAUCCUCACAUGGAGUUGAAACCUGAUGGAAAAGCUUCAGAUCCAUGGAGUCUCUGCUCUGUCGAACAAGUCAAAAUAAUGAAGUGUUUUCUUACCGUUCUUCCCAUGUGGUCCACCUGUAUUAUGCUUCUUGUGUCGUUGAGUCAGCCACUUUCGAUAUAUCAACUACUGACCGUGGAUAGACACAUUACCCCUCAGUUUGAAAUCCCAGCAGGAUCAUUUGGCAUGAUUACCCUUCUUUCUUUGACAAUCUGGUUUGCUUUUUACGAUCGUGCAUUGGUGCCUUUACUGUCAAGGUAUACUGGACUGCCGACUGGGAUAAGUCCAUUUUCCAAAAUGGGGAUUGGCUUAAUUGUGGGCAUUGUGGCUACGGUACUUUCAGCUAUUACAGAAACCAUACGACGCAAUAAGGCAAUCAAUGCAGGGUUUGAGGAUGACCCGAAUGCUGUGUUAAACAUGUCCUCUAUGUGGUUUGUUCCACAGUUGGCACUAUAUGGGGUGGCUGAGGCUUUGAAUGUGGUUGGACAGAUUGAGUUCAUAUACAGUCAAUUUCCAAAAACCAUGUCCAGUUUUGCAGCAGCUCUUUACACGUUUGGCCUUGCGCUUGCCAACUUAAUUAACAGUCUCUUGGUGAGCGUGGUGGAUAGUAUUACCUCAACCGGAGGCAAGACAAGCUGGCUCGCAACCAACAUAAACAGAGGUCAUCUAGAUUACUACUGCUGGCUAAUGACUUCAUUAUGUGUGAUUAACUUCCUCUAUUUUUUAGCCGUUUGUCAGUUUACUGAUCAGCAUCACCAUGAUGGUAGGAGUAGCUUAUUUCCUGAGGCAGAAGAGGAACACACCGCGAAUAAGCGUUUCCAUGGUGCUUAAUUGUAACAAUCAAGUGUGUACGCUAUUAAAUGUUUGGUUAGAUUAAAUGUAUUCAAAAUUAA